ACACCCGCGGCGGAGGAUGGCCGAGGACUCGCCCAAACGGCGCAAGGCGAACUUCAACGAGGCGGAGACGGAGGUGCUGAUCGAGCAGGUGCUGAAGCACGAGCAGCUGCUGUUCGCGGCGGGACCCGGCCGCGCCUCCGCGGGCCAGAAGCGGAAGGUGUGGGAGCUGAUCCGGCACAAGGUGAACCCGGUGGCCGCCUGCCCCCGCGACGUGGAGGACCUGAAGAAGCGCUGGCGGGACCUGAAGCGCCGCGACCGCAGCAAGCUGUGCCGCCUCUCGCAGGGCUGCGGGCCGCCGCCGCCCGCCCUCGGCCUCCUGCUGGCCCCCGAGGAGCUGCCGCCCGCCGCCGCGCCGCCCGCCCGCCGCCAGCGCCGCCCCUACGGCUCCCUGCUGCCCGCCGAGGCCGUGCCCAUCGUGGGCGGCAUCGACACGCUGGAGCUGCCGGGCGCCGUCGUGGGGGACAUGGGGUUUAAUGGCAGUCCUGGCCCAUCUCAUCAAUCCAGUCUUGAGCAGAUGAACCUCAAAGAAGAAAUAGUAGUGAAGGUGGUGGAGACAGAAGAAAGCUCUGAGGACAUGGUAGUGGUUCCACCUAGUCAAGAACAACUGCCUUUUCUGGGGACAUCAGGCGGUGGUUCCUCUGGGAAAGUAAAAGCCAAAACAAAAGGCAGGUGCCAGGCAGACCAAAAUGAAAUGACUGAAGAGCACCUACUGCAGAUUCAGCAGACCCAAAUACAGGUGAUCCAGUCUGGCUUUGACAGUGUCAACCACAAUCUUCGGCUGCUGCAGCAAGGCAUGCAAGAUCUGAAUAACAGCAUCAGCAUCAUGGCACAUACGCUUGUUGCUAUCAAGAACGUCUAUGUGAAAAACAACACUGGCCCAACCACACAUGCCACUGCCUCUACUCAGACCACAGCUGGGUACCUGAGCCCAGGAUCCCCCCAGCUCUCUCCUGCUAAGGACAGAGCUAGACCACAGGUAGCUGGAAGCAGCAGCAGAAGCAGCAGCUGCAGCUCCAGCUCCAUGUCACAAGAACCAGGUCCUUCCGAGUUUCCUAGGCCCCCCCUGAGAACCAUUAAGAAAGAACAUCCAAAUGGCUGCUACUACUUCUGCUUUGCAGAUGUGUAAAAACUUGCAUAUAUGUAAAAUGACUGUGUUGUUGGGUGCUGAUGUAUGUUCUGCUCUGGCCUGCAACUUCGAAGGAGCAAAGUGGACUUGCCUCCCAUGUUUUUCCCAGUGGGAAACAUUUUGCUAUAGGUGGCAUUAAACACUAAUUGCCAGUCUCCAGUUAAUUCUGAUGCAGUUGGCUAAUAAAUUUAUUAUUUUCUUUAUCCCCUUAUUCUCUUAAAAAAGCAAACAUAUGAGUAAGACUUUCGUCUGUAUCAUCCUUUGUUUAAUGUCACCUUGUGAAAAAUAAAAGGCAUGAAAGUGAGGUAAAAAAGUAACAUUAUAGUUACUACCACCAGGAGCUAUCUCACUGAAGUUACUAGGUUCUUGGAUUAAACAAGCCUCAGAAGUAGCUGGCUUUUUAAAUACUUCUCUUUUCUAAUAGUUAUGUUGGGGAUGUUUGCUUGGUUGUUGUUGAGUUUUUUUAAGUCUGAGCUGUGCAAGGCAUCACAGAAGGAGUUUAAGAUACUUGCUUAUUCUAGGAAUGGUUUAGCACUGAGUAUUCAUGAGUGUCCUACUCAGAAGUUAUACAUCUUUGUUCCACUUGGCUGUUGUUCAUUCCCAGCUUGUCAAAUGCACCUUCUCUUCAGAGACAUUGUGUAUUACUGCACUAGCAGGGUAGUCUCUUUUUUUGUCACAUGGUUAAAAUAGAGAAAUACAGAAAAAUGAGGAAUGGAUGAGUGAUGCCUGUUGCUGACAUAUAGGUUAUAUGUAGGCUGUAUCUUCAUCUGAUUUUGUAAGCCUUAUGGCAUCAAUACCACAGUAUUUGAAAUACAGAGAGCAAAAAGCUUUGUAUUGUUUUACAUGAAAUGGAAGUCAGAAUUGCUGUUAAAUUACAGGAGGCAGGGGCUCACUUCAUUCCAGACAAAUGCUCCUGCGUAAUUUAGAAAACUUUCAUUAUCAUUUCCUUUCUUAUAACUAUAUAGCCAAGGAAGAAGAAACAUAAUGAAGAGUUGGAGCAAAAUGUAACCUGGUGUCACCCCUGAAACAAGCAAUAAUCAUUUCAUCUUCAUGCCAAAAAGAAAAAUCGCCAUUUUACAUUUAGAUAGGGAAAAUUAUUGUCACUGGCACUAUUUUAAGUUGUUUCAGGCUUAUAUAUUAGAGUCACUCUACUUUGCACAAUUCAGAAGUAGCAGAAGUGCAAUGUUCUUACAUCUGUAAGAUGUCUGUACCAGAGUUCAAACAAAAACACUCUCACCUGAAAUUUUGUCCAAUGACUUGAAAAAUCAUACAGGUGCUCUUCUUAAGCAUUUAUCACCAACAUUUUAAAAGGCUCUACAGAUAAAUUUGCCCUAUAGCAAUGACUAGCUGCUUCUAGUGUUACAGUCAGUUUGCACAUUCCUGCUGCAGGAAUUUAGCAAAUACAAAUAACAUAGAAAAUCACAAUUGAAUUGCCCCUCUCCCAGAAGCAUAAGGAUAUGUAAUCAUAGCAUAAGGUAGGCCACUUUUGCAGUCAGCUUUGACUGAUCACCACCGUAUGAAAACGUACUUCAUUUCCACCCUUACACCAUUUUGGUGUACUGAAUUAACUCAUCUGCACUUCAAAAGCGAGUCACUGCUGCCUACAAAAAUGUGAAAACAGGGUAAUCAGUUGUUAGCAAAUGCUUCCCUUCAGAAUCACAGAUGGAGUAACAUAUGCAAAUAUCUCACAAAAAUAAAAUGUAUGCAUGUGCAGCACAAUGUUAAUUGGGAUUAAUGCCUUGAAGAAAAGAACGUUCUUUUUUCCAGGGUUACCUUAUCAAAAAAUGGUAUGGGUGACAAGUACUUAGAAAUUGCUGAGUUAUAGAAUGACAGAGAAUUCAUCUUUCUAAAUCAGAUUUUGUGUCUAUAUUGUCAAAAGCUUUCCAAAUAUACCUGUUGGAAGCAUUGUUUCUCCCCUAUCAGUACAGAUGGGCUCUCUUGAGCUGGGUUUUCUGUAUUGUGUUUUCAUGGACACAGAAGCUAAUUCAUGCUACCAUGACAUUCCAGGUAGAUUAGCAAAUGCAAUCUACUUGGUCCUUCUCGGCAGCAGUUUGAGCUUGUCCAGGUUGCAACUGGCAGUUCUUACCUGUCUUUCUUUUGCUGUUUCAAUUCUUUUUGCAACUGUUAACACCUGAAUUUCAUAUAUUCCAGCAUUUCUUGGGAGAGGUGACUUGUGUCUGCUUUCUCAUGUUCCAGUACUGAUUUACAUGAGAGGCAGCUACAGUGCGAGUAGAGAAGUGCAGCAAGAUCCUGUGAGCAGAAGGGGCAGAUUGGCUCUCCUGUAUGAAUGAAGACAAGCCAAGCAAUGUGAAAAGACACUGUGGUGGUUAGGCAACAACCAGACCUCAACAUCAAUGUACCACAGCAUGUUUGUUCUGACCUUGCAUCUUUCCCUGUUUCAGUUGUACCGCUAAAAUAUACUGGAGCCAGAUCAAAAUCACUUGUGGAAGCACUUCUGACACAUUCUAGAUUUACAUAUUUUAAAAAUGGAAGGAAACUGAGCUACCUCUCACUACCAAGUGGGCAAAAUUGUUCUUUUCAUCUUAAUUAAUACAGUUGAUUGCUAUUUCUUUAUACACCCUUUCUGUGAUCAGAUGAUGGUUGGGUUGGGAGCACUGAAAUCAUGUGCACAUCCAUAAGCAAUGCCAUUAAGUUUCUGGCUGCUGUUAACAGAAGGUGAAACAUAAUUUUCUUGAACUGUUACUGAGUGAAUGAACUCCCAAUUUGUUUCCUGUGGAGCUGUCCAGGCUAUUUGUAUAAAUGACAAGAGCUAAUGACCUGGUCAUGAAGCUUAAUGAAAAUACUGUCAAUGAUUUGAACAAUGGCAGAGCUGGCUUAAAUUUGCCUGAAUGCAUGGCAAAACAGUGGUAAUACUGAGAAAGAGAUCCAGGGAAUUUUCUACAAUUCUUCUGGACUUCCCUAAAAAACUUGUCCCACUGUGCAAAGUGCAGACUAUUUUCUGGUAGCAUAGGACUAAGACAUUCAGGCACACAAGCCACAAAUAAAAAUUUUGAUGCUUUUACACUCAUACUUGGUGUUACUAGAAAGAGAAAUAAAAGGGUCUUGGAGGAAACUAGAGCAACUGGUAGCUUAUCACUGCAUUUUCCCCAUAGCACUCAGAUUCAGUAACAACUUCCAUUCAUUCAUUUCUCUGCUGUCUGCUGCUUAAGUUUAUUGCACAGAGGGAGACAAGUGUCCUCAAGAGACUGUAAAAGCUUAGUGACUACAUGCAGACAGCUGAUUAUCCCCAAAAGAGGUCAAUUAUAGUGACCUCUGACUCAAUAAAAAAGUAAAGUUUUAAAGGGAAAAAUGCCAUCAGCAGCUGGCUUUUCAGGACCACCAUAUUGUUACUUAAAUUGACCUGAUCUGGCUGUGACAAUCAUUUAUUGUUUAGAUGAACACAGACAGAAGGGAUAAGAACAAAUAGAAAAUCAAGUUUCUGAGGAGGCCCAUUUGGAUUUUCCAUAGUUAUACAACACAUAAGCCUACUAAAUCAGUUAAACUUCCAUUGAUACAAUCUUUUCAAUUUGCAGUAUGAACAUCUGAUUCAUGUUGCAGUAGUACCAACAUACGCAUCCUUUUUACUUUCUUGAAACAGAGAAAAAAAUAAUCACUGCCAAAGCAUUUUAUCCAUUUAAAUUACAGGGUUACAAUAGUAAAAAAAAAACCUGAAAACACUGAAAAAUAUUUCAGCUAAAGCUUUAUAAGUUAAUGAAUCAUUAUACAAACACAAUCAAGAAUUGAAGUUUUGCAUGCUGAAUGAAUAUUUUAUUUAGAACCAGUUUAUAAAAAUAAAAUACAAAAUAAUUUGAAAACAAAACUUAAACAUUGUACAAAGCCUUGAUAUGGUACAAAUGAGAAAAUAAAUAAUUACAACUUUAUGUACAAAUGACCAUUACAAGGGCAUUAACUCUUAUGCUCUUGGGUGCCUGAGCAAACUUAAAUGAAAAGAAUGUUUUACAGGAUUUCCAAGGAGGGGAAGAGAAUUGCAGUUACUGAGUAAGAGAAUUUGAAGGACUCAACAUUUGUCUUCCUCAAUGGUAAAACACAAUCUCAGAACUACUUUCCACUUAAUAUAAUUAUGCUGCAGACUUUACUAUCGAGUACUUGAUUUCUUAUGGUGUUGUCAACAUUGUAUUUUUAAUUAAUACACAGAUUUAAUUCUUUGUGGUAUUGCCCAGAGAUUUUAGAUUAGCAGCCAUUGGUUGGCCACUUCAAAAAGUCAGUACUUGUCUGAAGGCAUUGCUGGUGAUUUCUUUAAUCUACUAGUUUGGAUAUUCAUAGUAAAGCAUUUUAAAAUUGGCAUCUGUUAGCACAAGCACUGCAAUUUGAGUCCAGGCUGACUCUAUAGAAAAGAAAGUUAAAAGCUGGGAAAGAAUUUCCAGUCUUGCUUUCUAGCCAAUGAAAGUAAAGAGGAUGCAGAGAAGGCUGCUUGGCAACAAACCCAGAUCUCCAGUCAGAGGAAAAAGAUGUGAAAUUGUCCAAAAAAAUCCUACUUCACUUUGCAUCCAACCUUUAUGAUCUUGCUUGCCAUACAGCAGAUACGGGUUUCAAAGGAUUUGAAGCCAAGCAGACCAAAUUAAUUACAUUGCAUCUUUCGGAGCAAGCUGUUCCACUGUCACCAUAGGCCUUUUACAUAAAAGGUCAAAGAUCAAGUGAUCUCAAAACAAACAUCAAAUUAAUUCCAGCUGAAUUCCCACAGACACUUGUGGAUGCUGAGGGCGUCACAUAAGCAGCCCACUUGUGGUAUUGUUUUAAAAGAAACCACAUUGUAUUCUUGGCCAAAGCUGGCCCUCAACAGUAAUUCUGACAGAAAAAGAGAGAUCCAGAGGCAUGUCAUGUCAUGUCAUAAUAAUAACAACAAUAAAAAAAUAAGCAUUUUCCAAUUUAAAAUACAGUAAUGGUAAAUUUGAUAUUUAUAGAGUGAUUUUAUCUUUUCAGUCCCUAAUCAGGGGAAAGAGCCUUAACAAUACAGGACCCUAUACCGAUUUUAAUGAAGUUGCACCUGCACAAGAACAGCAAGAACUCCCAGGGGUCCAAGCUCUUCAUGUAGAGGAGAAACAAGAGCAUAGCAUUUGGGUUUGUCAUUAUUAUUGUUGAGAGACAAUGUGUUAUCAUCAAUGGAGAGUAAAAUCAGCCUACCUGUUCAAACCUGA